AUGAAGACAGUUAAACUCGACUUUUCAGGCAAGAUCGUUCUUAUCACAGGUGGCAGUAGUGGAAUCGGAGAAGAAUUAGCAAAGAGAUUUGUUGAACUUAAUGCUGAAAAGGUCAUUAUUACUGCCAGAAGAUUGAAUGAGCUUGAGAGAGUCAAAUCUGAAUGUAAAGAUCCAUCAAAAGUGAUUGUAAUGGAGAUGGAUUUAAGCAAGCCAGAAUAGUGUCUAUAAUAGAUAAAAGAUAUGAAGCUAGUUGACAGAGUAGAUAUAUUAGUGAACAAUGGCGGCCUUUCAAUGAGAGACGAAUUCAAGAAUAUUGAAUUUAAGACUUGCACUAACUUGAUGAAUGUCAACUGCAUGUCAAGUAUAGCUCUUAUAAAUGGGCUACUACCAAAGAUGAUAAGUCAGAAAUCAGGGCAAAUUGUAAACAUCUUGUCCAUUUCUGCUGUAUUCGGAAAUCCAGUAAGAACUCUUUAUUGUGCAUCAAAGUUUGCAGUCGAUGGUUUUUCUAAAUCUCUAAGGCCAGAGCUUAAGCAAUAUGGUAUCUCGGUAACUUGUAUCUACCCAGGAUAUGUUAAAACAAAUAUUUCAAAGAAUGCAGCAACAGGCUCUGGGGAAGCCUUCGGAAAAGUUGAUGAUAAUAAUGCCAAAGCUUUACCAGUAGACAAAGCUUGUGAUGUAAUGCUGAGAGCUAUUAAAUUAAGAAGAGAUGAAAUUUAUGUUGCUAGUCUAUUCUUUUAUUUAACUGUUAAACUAUCUCAGCUUUCAUCUACUUUAAACAGAUGGAUUUGUGCUAUUCAGUUCAAGAAACAGAUGAAGAUCUUGAAUAAAGUCAAAAAUAAUUGA